AUGGAGCCCUUUGAUCUUGAUCUGUUGCAAGAGGGAGGCUGGAGUGAUGUUCUGUGGAGUUUGAAGCGCUAUGCUCCAGAUGGAUACAAAUUUGCUGUCAAGCGAACGCCUCAUGAAAUAAAAAGCGACGUUCUGAACUCCAGACGGGUUCAACAUGCUAUUCAAAAGGUAAUUAUGAUUUCUGUACUAAUUUUGCGCCAUAAGAAACCUUGCAGAUUAAGUAUAUAUUACAGUGUCACAGCUGUUUUACUUGGGGAAGGCCAGAAAACUGAUUGUUUUUCUGUAUACGUAGUCAUGAAACUUAGUCUCGGUUAUGGGUUUUGAUUAAAAAUUUUGAUUAAAUACUGUAUUCUGGACGUAUAGCUCACAAUUAUUAUCAACAAUGAGUGUAGAAAAGGGAGAGGAAAGAUUGCUCACUCAUCACAGGGGUGGGGUGGAGAAUUUAACCCGGUGAAACCCCGGAGAGUUUUUUAACGGGUUUAAACAAGACGCCAGAUCUUUGUAUCUCAACAAAUAAAUAAACUAUUGAAGGAAAUUUCAAAGUUUUAGUCUACAGUAGAAAACACCAAAGAGGUAAACAGCAUUCUCCCCAAAUGUUAGCUCAGCAGGUAAGGACCAUUCACGGCCAGUAAGGCAAAAAAUAUGUGCCAGAGGUGCACUUUCCUGGGGGGAGGUGGGCAGUGGAGUGAGGGACAUGGCGUCGACCUCGCUGUGAAAUUUAGGGGCUAAGUUCUCUGAAAUGUCAUUCCCUCAUUUUACGACUUAUUUACACAAAUUAGCCGUUAUCUUUAGACAGCUAUCUAAAAUGUUUGAUUCCAAUAACUUAUUUUACUCUGUCUUCAAUCACAGGAAAAAAUAACAGAUUCCCAGUUUUGGACAUUUGAUUCCAAUCCCAAUUUAACUUGGUUGGGAAUUCUGUCUCACUUUGCCAAAUUUGGGAUUUUUAUGGGUAUUCUUUAAAUACCCUAAAAUAUCCAAAAAUGGGAAUCCGUUAUUUUUUCCUGUGAAUGCUCUCUUUCCAAAAUGUGUGGCCCAUAAAGAGAAAAGCUGGGUAUACUUUAUUGCACUUCCAUAUAAAUUCAUUCAUUACGGUGAUCAGAUCGGAUCACAACUUCCGUAUUUUUUACAACAACUUAUUUAAUUUUAGUAAACCUUCAAGCCAUUGCAGACGGUAAUAAUUGAAGUGUUGCUUCGGACAUUAAAUGUUACUGGUUACCGCCUCAUAAGGAGAACACUGGUUAAAACAAAUUUUGAAAUGAAGUAUUAUAUAUAGUUUUUAGAGAUGGGUUUAGAUUAAAGAGAAAAGGAUGCCAUAUGACGAACAAACUUGAACAAUUUAGCCUAAUUCAGGAUCUGCCUAUUUUCAAAGAUGUUAUAGUAGUUGCAAAAAUAUAUCUAAACAAUAGCAGAUGUCUAUCCCCAUAACAGAAGAACAUAGGUUUGAUCCCACUUAUAAAAAAGCACUCAUUUACAAUGUUUAAGUUAGACUUACUAAUCAAACAUCCCUUUUGAUCCUUUAGCCAAUGUUUAGACCUGCUGCAACUUCACAACAAGACUAUAGUCUAUAGCUUAGUGUUAUUAAACUAAUCCUAAUCCUGGCGUUUGCAUAUGCGGAAAAAGUUGCCCAAGAGGUGACUGUCUUAUUAAUUCCUCCACUUUUUUUAAAAAUUCUAUUCCAGACUGCUGAAGACAGAAAUGACACUGUUGAAGCUAUCACCAAUGAAGUGAAAUCCAUUUUAGAAGAAAUGGGACAUAACUUCAAUCUUAGUAGCAUCCGGGUUAUGGCAUUCAUGCUGCGCAAAAUUCUGUGCACUCUUUUCCGUAGAGUGCUAAUCAACAGAGAAGGCCUGGAGAGGGUAAGUUAAUUCUCAUUGUAAUCAAACCAGGGGCAGAUUGCAGAAUUUAUGAUUGGGUGGAGAGGAGGUGGGGUGGAGGGGGGGGGGGGGGAUUUUGGUUCAGAAAGGACUGAAAAACCUUUUGUUCAAAUUAAAGGACUGAACAAAUUCAUUGGCAGGCCUUAAUUACUUGAAUUCCCACCCUUGGCACCCUUGGAACAUCCUCCUCUUGUGCCAAAUAACAAAGAUUGUACAGAUUUUACCAACAUCAUAGGAAUGUACCCAAAAUCAAUAAAUUACAUUUUGAAUAUCCGUGGAAUUUAGUUUACUGGCAAAAUGCAAUGCGUGUUUCAUUAAACUAAAAAUCAACCAGUUAAAAAGUCAUAUACAAUCCUGUCGAUGUAAGAAUUUCAGUCUCAAACAAGCAUCAGGUCUGAUAAGGGGGGGGGCCCAGACCCUCCCCCCUGGAUCUGCCACUGCAAACAAAUUGUUGAUCCACGAAAUGUCCAUUCCUCUUGGACCCACCAACUCCCCCAUCCCCCCUUUUUCCCUUGUUUGGAAGAUCAUAAAAAGACCUUACACCUGUAAGCAAAGAUGUCACCUGGCAGAGGACUUAGGCUUUGCUUUUGCGCCCUAUUUUUGGUGCAGACUGUCUCAAUAAGAGUAUAAAGAAACUUAGCAACUCAAAUUUGGUAGCCUUAAGGUAUAUUAAAAAGGGAGAAGGCCACACUUCCUUCUGACACAUGAGGGUCAAAAAUGUCUUUGAUUAAGCUCCCCAUUUACACGUAAAGUGCUAAGGGAGAGGAGUUCUUAAUGCCCAAACUUCGUAAAGGGAAGAUGUAACAAAAAAAUGUUAAUAAUGUUGUGUCGAAUGGAAUCCUCAUGUUCUGUAUAAACUGUCCUAAUUAUGCAGAUAUCAUUUUUCUAUGUUUGGCUUAUUAAAGUCGAAGAAAGGCAAAUACAAUAUUGUUAUUGAAAGUGAAGAAUGAUCAUCGCAGUAAAUUUUCCAAUUUAAGCAAUUGGAAAGAAGAAGCCUGAAAAAAAAAAUCAGGGCCUCAAUGGGAUUCGAACCCGUGACCUCCGUGUUGCCGGUGCGUUGCUCUACCAACUGAGCUAUGAAGCCACACAUUGGGAGCGAGGUCAAUUUAUUGAGUUCAUAUCUCCCGUGAGGAGUGAAAUGAUGUGAAGUAUAUGAAAUAAUUCAUUUUUGAACUGCGCUUGUAGAUGAAAGUGAAGAAUGAUCACCGCAGUAAAUUUUCCAAUUUAAGCAAUUGGAAAGAAGAAGCCCGAAAAAAAAAUUUUAAAAAAAUCUGAAAAAAAAAUCAGGGCCUCAACGGGAUUCGAACCCAUGACCUCCGCCUUGCCGGUGCGUUGCUCUACCAACUGAGCUAUGAAGCCAUAUAUAUUAUUGUAUUAUUUUGAAUACCUGUGUAAUUGAAUUGAGUAAAUCAGUAAAUAAAUGAAUAAAUAAAUUGUGAAAUAAAUUGUGUUAACCCAGCAUAUUAAAAUUAUAUUAUCUUCAGUUACGAGAUGCUGCCAAGAAGAACCCAGUUGUGUUUAUUCCAUCACACAGAAGCUACUUGGACUUUCUUCUGGUCUCUUUCAUCUGCUUUUCCACAGAUAUUCCACUGCCAUUUAUUGCAGCUGCUGCAGAUUUCAUGAACAUGAGGGUCGUUCGCACCCUUUUCAGAAACAGUGGGGCUUUUUUCAUGCGGCGCUCUUUUAUGUCAGAUCCCUUGUACUGGGUCGUGUUUACUGAGUACAUUCAGAAUCAGCUUCAGUUUGGUGAUCAGCCUCUUGAAUUCUUUUUAGAGGGUACACGGAGUAGAACAGGGAAGUUUCUUCCUCCCAGGCUUGGUAGGUGUUUGUUAAUGUCCUGCUAAUUUUGCUGCCCAUUUUUGUAUAGGAAUGGUGAAAAUCAAAAUAAAGGAAAAUGAAAAAAGUUGAAAAAUUACAAAAAUCACUUUUUAAAAUGCUACCAAUCAAGGACAUAUUAUGCAAAAGAGACUUUAUUUCAAUCAUGGUCACACCCAUUACAAUCUGUAGUCUGAUUGUUGUAUUAUGCAAACAAGUGCUGCAGAUGCCAACUUUAACUGGAAACUGGGGUGUGGACCACCAAAGAGCCUGUAAAUUUAAUUCGGUGAAAAAUGUCGUUCCCUAUAACUGAGAAAUAAAUAUGUUGUUUCAAAACAAAAUAAUAGUACAACUGAUCCAGGUCAGACUGCAUUUAUAUAUGUUACAAGCCAAAAUUAAAUUCAGGUUAAAAUUUUUUAAUAGCCAGGAGAUAAAGGAAAUUGUGAAUCAGCCUAGAAUAAAACAAAUCAAUGUGAAUAUAAUUUUGCCCUGUAACAUAUAAUAUAUUGUACUAUAAAUGUCAGUUUGUUAGAUCUGACAUGCCCUGGUUGUGUGAUGUGACCUGCACAUUUUGCGUAUUAUAAAUUUGCAGGGGUUCUUUCCAUGGUUGUUGACUUGUACACAACUGUGCGAGUACCAGAUGUUCUCAUUUGUCCAAUAAGCAUCAGUUAUGACCGGGUUCCAGAAGAAUCACUCUACGCAUAUGAGCUGUUGGGAAUACCCAAACCAAAGGAAUCUUUGAGAGUAAGAACUGACUGAUGACUAUAGUGCAGUACUGUAAAUUCUCUCUUAUUGGACGCAUCCUGCUUAAAAUAACCACUCUUUAAAAUAUUGACAAUUAUAGGUAAGCAGCGUGCAAAGAAAGUCAUGUCCUGGGGCUAGUGGAUUUUGCUAUUGGGCUAGUGAUUUUUGUUCUUAACUUGCCUGACGGGUAAGUGCUAUUUUUUUUGGGAAAUUCAAAUUACAGAAGGAUUGUACAUGUAAUCAAUCCUGCUAAUCAAAAAGGGUUUUGGGGCUACUUAAAAUGACUUGUGGGCUAUAGCUUUCCCAAAUGGCAGGCUUUAAAACUGACUUUCUUUGCACCCUGGUAAGUCCCUGCUUUCUUGCAUUCAUUUUUUAACUGUUUUUAAGCUGGACACCUUCCUUGACUAUAAGGCUUGGCAUUGGCCAACUUUUUUUUUUUUGUGUCUUUAUAGAUCAUGGCAAAGCCAAGGUCAAGCUAGUUUAGUUAUUCUGGUCAAAAUGUCAGCUCAGACAACAAAGAUAGUUAUGACGAGGUCAAUAACAGUGUGGAAAAAAAAUUCCAACAAUUUAACUUGAGCGAAAAAGCUCAAAACAGGAGAAUUCUUUUUUAUUGGGACAAAAGUAGGAAAACACCAGGUGUUAAGAUCUUCCGGUCAUUUUGUGACUAUCGUGCAUGUCCAGCAAUGAUGCAUCAUGACUUCAUGACAGAUCGCGUCAUGUAAAUUAGACCCACAACAGUCGUCUGACGCAUUGCAGAUGUCGUAAGUGAAAAUUGUGUGCAUGUGGAUGGUCAAAAGUCAUGACGUAUCCUAGUCAUGCACGAUUGUCAUGCGCAAAAAUCAUACCAUUUAAAUCGGCCUUUAGAAAGAGUUGAUAGCCAGGGAGGGACUCCCUUACACAAGCCAUAUACACCGUAGGCACGUGUAUGUGCUGCCCCAAAGGAUAUGGUUUUUUUUUGCUGUUCAGGUCUUAAAACAGGUAUAGACUUUCCCCAUUUUGGUCUGGAAUCGGGUAUGGUUCUUGAGGGAACUAUGAACAUAUUUGUCAUUUCAGUUCCAAAUGAAUAAGAAAAAAAGAGUAGUAAGUGGACUCAAACAGGAUUUAAAGAAAUCUUUUUGUUAAUGUUCUAAGCUAAGUAAUGAUGAUAUAAGUUCAGGUCUGAAAAUGGGUAUAUGUUUUGGAGGCCAGUUCUGAAAAUGGAUGUGAAAAAAUGACUCUUUGGGGUCUGAAAUAGGACCAGGAGAACCGAGUGGCAGACCUUAUGAAGAAUUCCCAGAAGUACCUCUCCCUCUGGGGUUGAGUGUUGUGUGUCCCAAGGGUCAAUUUUCUCAUAACAGUUAUGAUACAUGACGAUAGGUAAUGUGAAGUAAUAAAAUAAUCCUCCAAGAAAUUCUCUCAACUAAUUCUUAACGUACGCAUGGAGAUUGGUCAGGAGAAUUUAUAUGUAGAUAUUAGGCCUUGAAGGGCUAAAUUGACCCAGCAAAUUGACCAAGAGAACAACUGAAGGUACAGUUAUUCUAAUCUGAAAUAUGCUAGUAAAGCAAAGAAGAUAAUUUUGUUCUUAGUUAUAAGUAAUGGGCUUCUUUAACUUUUUUUCAAGGGUUUGAUUAAAAGCAGAUCAGUCCUGUCAGAAGAUUAUGGAAGUAUUCACAUCCACAUCGGAGAACUUCUACCAAUGAGUAGAUAUAUCCAAGGAAAGCUUAACAGAGUAGACAAUGCUUGCAUACCAAGGUAAAAAUGUUAAAAAGAAGGCCAUGAUAAUUUUUUGAGAAAAAAGAUUUUCAGAAGUUGCUGAAAAAUAAAAAUAAUAGUGAAGUUUUCCAGAUUUGUUUCCCUUUAAUUGCCCUUGAUUCAGUUUCACAUUCAAUAAUGAAGGAGAAAAAUUGAGUGCAGUGAUAAAGUUUACUUAGAACAAAGAAAAAUGGUAAAAAGUAAGCAAGACUAAAACUAUUUAAUUUAGAACUGAUCGAUGCCACCCACCCAUUUCUAGUAGAAUAUGAUUGUAUUUGUGACUGUCACAGAAAUGAUGGUGAUGAAUAAUUAUCUUAUAUUCUUCUUCAAAUUAAUUUUUGUUCUUUUUGUUCCUUUUUGCUUCUUUCCAGGCACCUUUUCCACUUUCUAUCUGAUGAAGAAAAGAAGGUUGUCAAGUCUCUGGGGUAUAAAAUUCUCUCAGACCUUCAAUUAGGAAUGAUUUGCCCUUCCAGCGUCUUAGUGGCUACUGUUAUGCUUCAGAACUUGAAUGGAAUUCCUUAUGGUACAUUUUCUUCUUUUAAUUUUCUUAAUUCAUGAGUGAAAGAGCCACCAUUGCAAUAACAAACAGCGUUAAUCAGUCAGUCACCCAGUUAGUUGGUGAGUCUGUUAGACAGUUUGUCUGUCAGACAGGGAAUCUGUACAACAGCCAGUCAGUCAGUCAGUUUUGCAACUAGUGAUAUAUAUUUUUUUAACUAAUUGGCUACAUCACCAUGAAUACAGUGUUUUUGAGAAGAAAAGGUUGCACUUGCUCUUUCAUGUGCAUUUAUCUCACUUUCAUUAUUUUUUUCUCGGUAAAAGCUAAAAACUUCUCAGGCCCGACCAUACUAUUUUACUUAUUACCUGAUUAAUUAUCUUACCCAACUACAUGUAUAAUUAUUACGAUCUUUUUAUACAGUCUUAUAUGGUUUGGUUAGUCUUAAUACAGGAUAAGACUCAGCCAGAGAAAGUUGAUUCAAACUUUGUUGCAUUGUUUAGUCUUGUUUGUCUCUUAUUUUGUCCAUUUGAACUAUGGUAUCAUUUGUUGUUAUAGAUAAAUUGGUGGAAGAUUUCACCUGGUUGAAGGAACUGUGUCGCAUGUGGGAUAUUCCUAUAAAAUCUGCAGGUUUGACAAUGCACUGCAUUGACUAUAUCGAUCAUAAUAAUUAUACAGAACCUAGCUUAGGUCGAUCUCAAAAAUAGAAGAACAGUGCCCCUUUCCCCUUUAAUACUGACUAUUUGGAGAACAUUCGGUUGUACACUUGAUGGCGUGCUCGUCUUACUGGAGGAAGCAUGGAAUCAUGAUGCUAAGCCUUAAACAAGCCUGCUUCACAGGUGUAAUCUAGCCCUGGCUAGUAACAUCUGCGAGGUAGCGCCAAGAUCCUAGUUCUGUACCCCCAACAGACUCAAUGAAGUGGGCUUCGAAUUUCCUCUCAACCUGGUUGGCAAUUUGAUAAUACGUUGUAGCUUUUUUAACGGGACAGUCAUGGUGCAUACCCAAAUCCUGGUGGGCCCCCAGAACAAGGUUUUUGGCACUGGCUCACAGACGGACUUAACCAGAGGUUUUAUUGUUUCGUCUGUGGUGCAGGCUACAAUCCUCGUCACAUUAAGUUGGGACAGCCCAUGCUGGUACCCUCAAUUCGGGUUUUUUGUCCUGGAGGGCAGGAGCACAAUUUUUUGACAGAAUACUCGCAAAACCAACAUUGAAGGGGGCGGAAAAGCUGACCCAACUAAUGUGACGGGUAUAGUAGCCUGCACCACAGACGAAACAAUAAAACCCCUGGUUAAGUCCGUCUGUUAACUAGACUUUGCCUGAAACGAACAAGAAGUUGAUGAGGAAAGCCUCAGGCAUAGUGGGCGUAGUGGUAAGGGAUUAACUACCACUGAACAGGAAAUUCUUUUGCGGAUUACUGAAAAUCGCCAAAUAUUUUUUUAAGCAGUGGUUGUAAAAACUUUCUUUGUAAUUCUGUUAUGUGAAUCUCAGUGUGGUUUUUUUUUUUUUCUUUUCGAUGCCAGGUGACUCCAAUAACGUAGUUCUGGUGGAUGAAAGUAUUGAUUUCUUAAAAUCAUCCUUGGAAAAAACUGAAAGUGGUUUUGUAAGAAUCAAAGAAUGCCAGACAAUAGGGGAUAAAGAAAGAACCGUUCCCGGAACUGCUGCAACCAACAGCCCCGCAAGAAACAUCAAAGACGAAGCUGCUUUACACAUGCUCCUGGCAUGCAAGAGAAAUGUGCUGCUGUUUCAUUUCUUCAGAACUGGAAUGUUUUCCUUGGCUGCGCAAAGGCAGUCCGCCUCGGAAAAACACUUGGGUGAGUAAGGCGCGUUGAAAAAUUCGUUUUAGGGAAGUAGUGAGAAGUCGUUACGUCUCGUUGCCAUGGUAGCAAAAUGACUGGAUCUCAAAUAACCAUGGUCCCGCAAAUAUGGCAAAAAAGAAGACUAGUAUAACCUUCUGUGCGUGACUGCACUCAGGAACAAAAUGGCAGCCCAUACUUCUCAUCGUUUGACAAUGCAAAUGGCGUUUGAGAUCAAAAGUGCAAAUGGCCGUCACACUUUCAUCUCUAAUUAGAUUGUUGAGAUGCAGAAUCACCAUAAUCGUUCAUUUACAGUAGAUGGUUUAAACCUGGUAACGGUGGAGGUGACAUCGUGUGGGUGAGUGUAAUGCUGAAUAGGACAUUUUUGACCUCUCGUUUCAACAAUCAAAGCGGGUCUCAACGUUUUUAUUUACGGCAAAUGGAAAACUGAGCUGUGAUGGAGAACUGUGCUAUCAACCAUAAUAUUUCAUCUUAAAAAAGAGCAUACGAUUAAUAACUUGGUCCUUUCCUUUUUCUCCCUAUUGAGAUAAUUUUUUUUAUCGACACUGUGGCAGAUGGCCAAGUAAUUCCCCCAUCGGUGGUUGGUCAUUUUUGGGACCAUUGAACACAAACGAUCUUGUCCUUUCCUUUUUUGGAGGCAAGUGCUUUUAUCGCGUGUAGAGGAUUACAAUGCAUCAGAAAGCCAUACUGACUUAUCUGGAAUAACUGUAAUUUUUUUGGUUUUAUUUUAGUUCAACUAUUUGCCGACUUUCAGUUUCUGGCAAAACUUUUGGUAAAAGAAGUCCCUCAAGUUACUGAAAGAACCAAUGAGGUAAUUCUAUGCUUUCACAUUCGUGUCACCUCUCUUUGUGCAGGGUGCCUCAUGUGGUCUAUCUUUAUAUGUAUAUAUUUAUUUAUAGUAAACUGGUUCAAGACUUCAGAGGUAGUGCAUCGUUUUAAGAAUUUAUGUAUUUAUGUAUGUAUUUCAUUUAUUUAUUUAUUCAUUCGCUCGUUAAUCAUCUUUCUUGGUCUCAGUAGCUUGUUCUUCCGGCAGCAGUGUCGACUUUCGAUUGUGGUAAAAUCGAGGAAAACUCCGCUUGUUGUUUUGAAAACGUUCCUUAAAAAAGCUAAAUCGGAGUUACUUUGGCAACUUCCCCAUUUUCUACCUUUCCCUUGUUCUCCUCCAGUUCCUAUGCUGUGUGUUUCUAUUUUACUCGUUUUUUUUAUUAUUUUUUUCAUUUUAUGUUUUUCCUUGCUCGACAUUUUUUCGGCCCACAGUGUAACCGCAACAGCAAAGAUCGGACCAUUUUAGGUUCCUGGGAACCGGCCCACCUACCCCUCCCCUAAGCCAACAUUAAGACUUAAUUAUCGCUUUGGGCAAAAUGUUGGCUUAGGGGAGGGGUGGGUGGGCAGUUUCCCCAGAAACUUUAAUUACGGAAUGCCAGUAAUGUUAGCCCCUUAAGUAAAGUGUACUUUGUCUACACGAGAAGGAUGUAUUGUUUAAAUAAUAAUUUUUAUUUCUUGCAGACUUUUGAAUACUUCCGAGAGACAACUCAGUUACUCGAGCAGCAUGGCUCCGUCAACGUUAAAAACGGAAGGGUAGUGCUACUCCAGGAAAAAGAUGUCAGCUUUAGUGCAAACAUGUGGAAACCUAUUCUAACGGCCUACUGGGUAAGACUAGUUCGACUUUUUUCUUCAAAUAACAAUUUUUUUUUGUUAGGUCUCGUCUAUAUUAGAUUGAAAACAAGCUUAAAAAAUUGUCUCAAAGUCCAUUUUUUAACUAGAACAAGCAUAUGCAUUAUGUAUAUGUGUAGUUCCAUGUUGUCACUGAUCAUGCUUUUUUUAUUCUGAGUGACGUAGUGUUACAGUGAACAGAGAUGGAGACCACACCAUGCGUGAAGUGGUCGCUUACAAAGAGGAACUCACAUAUUAGAUUGAAAACAAGUUAAAAAAAAUUGUCUCAAAGUCCAUUUUUUACUAGAAAAAGCAUAUGCAUUACGUAUAUGUGUAGUUCCAUGCUGUCACUGAUCAUUCUUUAUUUAUCCUGGGUGGCGUAGUGUUACAGUGAACAGAGACAGAGACCACACCAUGCGUGAAGUGGUCGCUUACAAGAGGUUUAAAAACACUAGAAAACUAAAAAACCAUCAGGCCAAAAAGUGGUCGCCGUCGCUUAUGAGAGGUGGCCGUGUUCGUUUACGAGAGGUUUAAUUAUAGGGCUUUUACUGGGAAAUUUUUAGUAUGUUUGAUCGCUGGUCGCCUGUGGGAGGUGGUCGCACAUAGAAUUUCAAAGGUCUGGAAGUUAAUGGUAAAUGUUUCCGAGAAAGCUGUUCCAGCGAUACCCUGCGAGCAGUGGUUUCUCCAGGCCGGACGCUACGGUAGCGUCCGGCCUGGAGAAACCACUGCUCGCAGGGUAUUCCAGCGACAACCUAAAGUUGAUCGUUGGAUGGUUCCUUUUCUUUCUUUCUUCCUUUCUUUUAUUUUCUUUUGACGUUUGAUGAAGACUUGCGGAGCCCCAUCAAAAAGCGACAGCAUCUCUAAAGAGAAAAGCCGUGCUAAAUUUGAUGGAAAUUCGAAACGACUGUUGCCUGUUGCGGAUGGGCCCUUUUUUGCUUAGGUUAAGGCGUAAAAAUAUAUCCCGGAGUUUGUAUUUUCAUUGAAAUACUCGCUGCAUUACGUUACAGUGGUUUUACGGGGCUCUCUAAAUUUCUUACUUUAGAUCACUUGUCACUUUUUUGUCAAUUGCCCGGAUGGGAACCACGAGAGACCGCUGACUGAGAUUAUAAAGCAAGUUCAGGACAAAGCAGCCGAGCUCGUACUCACAGGUAGGAAAAAGAACGUUUCAAUACCCGCAUCUCAGGAUGACCCACAGGAAAACUCUCUUGACCAUAAUUAUGCAACUUAGGGCCUGUUUACAUAGAGGUGGGGGACUCCAGGUAGGUAAGGUAACCCGCUUAGGUGAGUUAUCCCGCCUGUCUACAUGUAUAUAAUCCUUCAUUUUAAUUUGGUCAUGUUUACAUGAUAAGUGGGGUGACCCGCUGCGGGUUACCUCAACCUGGGGUACCCCACCUUUAUGUAAAACAGGCCCUUAGGCCCUAACAUCUUUUGGCCCUCUGUUGACAGUAUGUGUUGAUACAGACAAUGUGUGUACAUUUCUCUUUAGGAGACGUAAAAUUCUACGAAGUUCUCUCACUUGACCUGCUGAAGAAUUCCCUUAUGGCCUUGGCUGAUUUGGGUGUAAUCAAGGCUAGCAAAAGGUGACUCUAUUCGGUACUGCUAUACUUGUGUUUAAUCGUCGUGGCAAAAAGAAAUACAGCAAAACUCCGCGAGUAAACCUGUUAGGCUAAAACUGCCUGUUAAGACCCCUCUAUACAAAAACCUGUUAAGCCUACAAUUUGAAACAGGUUCUUAUUUUCUGAAAUGUAUUUUUAAAAAAUCUGUACACUUGGGCAAAUAAAUAAGUCAACAAUCAGGAUCCUCUUUGGAGACAUACCGUAUUUAUUCGAAUAAGCGCCCAACCUCGAAUUAGCGCCCACCUCGAAUAAGCGCCCAUCCUUGAGUGAAUAAAUUUUAAUGAGAGACUUCCCCGAGGACGGAGUUUUCUUCACAUUUAUUGUUUUGUUGCAAAAUAAACAUACUUCACUUGCUGAAAAUGGUGAAAAUUUAAUAAGCGCCCAGCCUCGAAUAAGCGCCCACCUCGAAUAAGCGCCCACUCUCAAGGUCCAAAAAUUUAAUAAGCGCCCAGGGCGGUUAAUCGAAUAAAUACGGUAGGUGCCUUAUGACUCCAACUGCAAUGUGAUCGUAUGCAGAAUUUAUUUGCUACAUUUUACUGGCCUUCUUUUUCGUAAAAAAAAUAUAUAUAUGAAGGUGAUGAUAACUAGUAGUAAUUCCGUCAAACUAUUCUUGCUUCCUUCCUGACAAAUUUAGCUGAUCUUUGUGUACACUUUUUCUCAUUAGCAUUCACAGCACGCAAUAGACCACUUCCGAUGUAUUAAAAUUCAUACUUGGUUCCGAGGCUUGGGGGAAUAAAACCAAAAAAAAAAUCAUCUGAGGUUCAGCAAUGAAUAAUACAGUUCUUUUGUUUUAUUCCCCUAAGCCUCGGAGACAUGUAUGAAUUUUUAUAUAUCGAACAUGAUCUAUUACGUCACACUGAAAGGUUUAGUCCGAUAUAGCAAAUAUUCGGUGAGAUAAUUGACUGUAUAUGGAUGGUGCCUUUGUAAACUUGUAGCGGGCACAGAAACGACUGAUUUUCGUUCAAACGUUUAAUUAAUUAAACACUUGUAUUUUGGUAUGUUGCAGUGCCGAUAAUGGCAUUUUGAUCUCAGUGCCAAGUAGCGCGAAGGUUGCGGAAACAUGUCAGAAGAUUGGUAAACUACGCUUUUUUUUUUAUUUGUGGUGUAUAAGAUUGUUUGCGAGUCUGCUACCUUGAUUUCUGCACAGAUUCAAAUGUAUUACCUAGUAGCUUUCAUAUUAACAGAGUUACGCUGACUUAUCGACCCAAUAAGCCGUUUGCGAGUUCCAAAAACCCUCACUUUCAAAACGAGGCUUUGUGCUAAACCAUUUUUGGGAUAAUGAGUUUCAUUUGCAUGUAACAAAAAUCAUUUUUAUGUUGCACGUAGCCUCGCUUUGAAACAGAGACUUAAAGUACCUUUCAAAAUGGCCAAUUUAUUAGCUCCUACUGGGAUUUUUGAGUCAACUGAUUUUGAUAAAAUACAUGUAGGGCGUAGCUGGCCUCGCGAUCCAGAUAUAAACAAUAUUUUAAAUGAAAUUGGGUGAUUUAUGGAUUGUAAUUAGCCUAAAACUGUUAGUCAUGCAUGGAAUAUUCUAAAAAUACUUAACCAUGGAUCCCUUUAAAUCUGCGAAGAACCAGGCCUUAAUCUAUAUGAUCGCGACUGAAGGAAAACUUGCUCGUAUAAACGCGGCUUUUUUAAAAAUAAACAGUACUGUAGUACUUCUUCUUACAAGGUUUCUCCGAACCAGCGUAAGUAGGGUUUUCAUUCUUAAAAAAAUAAUAAUAAUAAUAAAAACAUAAGAAGGCGUAGCCUAACUUUUCUUUGCUGUCAUGUUUUGUAUUGGUUUCGAUUUAGUUUAUCUUGUUUUUUCUGCAGGUGAAUUUCUGGACUUGCCUUCCACAACUGCAGUGUUUCCUGCGCCCCUUUCAAAGCUGUAAAUUAGAACACAGAGCACAAAUCGUUGUUACCUUGAAAAAAACAUGGAUUGAUAUCGUAACAUCAUUGCCGUGCCAUGGGAAGUCUGCAUUCAAAAAUGGAUUAUGGAUUAUCCUCACGAUUGACAGAAGGGUUCUUGUGACUGCUAUAUGUUUAUGCUGCUGUUUAUGGGGGAACGAAGAAGGACAUCACCUUUUUAGAAGACUGAUCAAAAUAAUAAGUGAAAAAGCAGGGAAUGUAAAAGGAUAAAGAACUAAAACAAGUAUAUUUCAGUAUUUCAUAUCUCAUACCUAAUGGAAAGUCUUAAUUUAACUAAAAUUUAUUAAUUAAUGCAGUGAAACCCCGCGAUUUUAGGUGGAAGAAUGUGUAUCUUACACUGAAUUAAUCAACCUAGUAAAUAGUCAUGAGCGCAACUAAUUUAUCAGAAAUUCAC